AUGAUGCCGACCGUGGCCCCACACCUAUCAGUACCUCGGCCCUCCUACUCCCAGGCCAGGGAGAACCUGGUGAAGGCAAUCCCACCCAAGCUCCUCUGUCUGCUGGCCUGUGGAGGAAAAGACUGUCGCUAUGAAGCUCCAGAGUGUUGGAAAGCAAACCAACAAAUUAUCCGAGGCCUUUACUCUUCCUGGGUGACAGAUGACAUAAUUGCCAUGACACGACCCUCCACUCAUCUAAUUGAGAAGUACAACAUCAUAGACCAAUUUCAAAGGUUGAACAUCAAAUCAAUCAUUAACAUGCAAAUCCCAGGCGAGCAUGCUCACUGUGGACCUCCCCUAGACCCUGAAAGUGGCUUCACAUACUCCCCACAGAUCUUCAUGGACAACGACGUUUACUUUUACAACUUUGGGAUGCCAGAUUUUGGUGUGACAUCCCUCUCUGGAAUAAUUGAUGAGGUGAAGGUUUUGGCCUUUGCUGUGAAGGAAGGAAGAGUGGCCGUGCACUGCCAUGCAGGCCUAGGCAGGACAGGUGUCCUGAUAGCCUGUUACUUAGUCUACACCCUGCGUAUCAGUCCGAGUGAGGCUGUCCACUAUGUGCGGAUUAAACGGCCACGAUCUAUCCAAACCCGAGCACAGAUCAGCCAGGUGUUUGACUUUGCUCGCCUGCUUGGUACACAGCUAGUCCAGUACCCAGACCUCAGCCUGCGGCAUGGAGCCCCUUUCACGCUGCAGCACUACUUAAACCGACAGGCACUCCUGCUGCAUGGCCAGGAGGCACGCACCCUCAGACAAAUACCCAAGGUGGUGUACCUUCUGUGUAUGCGUCUCUCCUGCUUAGCCCUGGGUCUCCCUGUACCUCCAGAGGUAUAUGCUGAGCUUGAGAAGAGGUCGGUACUGAGGACCCUGAGCAGGACACUGAGGGAGACCCUGGUGUCCAAACAGUACUUGCCCUUGCUGAGGGAAGGUCAUAGGGGCUCGUGGGUAAGCUCAGGGUCAGUGUCCUCCUGGGACGAGCCACUAGGAUUCUUAGAGAGGAAGAGAGAUGUGCUGCUGGACAAACGCAGCUACAGUGACUCCGACCUCAGCAAGAUCACAGUAAAUAAAGAUCUGGAGAGUUCAUCUCUCACCCCUGCACUUGGAAAUGAGCGACACUGGUGCAUACAGGAUCCAAUAAAACCUGAUAUGAGGCCAGUUAGUCCGGUCCUUGCAGCAUUUUCAUCAGAGUGGAUCUCCAAAAAAGAAUCUAAUGCUCUCAAUAUCCCAAUAUCUGGUAUGAACACAAGCAACAUCUGUGCUAAGAAGUCUAUGUGCACAGCUAAAAAGGCACUCCCCAAACACAACUCCAACCUUGAGUUGUGCAGAAAUCCACACAAUCCAGGCCCAACCUCGGGGGCUCGUGUUGUUGCCAAGGCGAUGGCAGACCAAGGUCCUCCAGGAGAAACCGUUCUGCAGAGGUCGGCGCUGCUGCAGGAGGAACUGAACAGUAGCGACUGUGGCUGGGCUCUGGUGGUCACAGAGUCAGACCCUGAAGUUCUCAGUUGUCUGUUAUGGACCUGGCUGGAGAAGCUAAGGGAGCCGGUCCUGAGUGCAGACGAUAUAGAAAGGUUGAGCUGUGGAGCAAGCAACAGGAAAUAUCUAAGUGUGCUCAAGAAGUCACAGAGACACACCAUUUAUUGUCUGCUGAGCUGUGUGAGUACAGUGACCAGCCUGUGUCCACACAGAGAGGAUGCACUGCUGCUGCGACUGAUGCGAGCACUUACACGGCGACCCCAUGAGGAAAUGGGACGCCUUGCAGCUUUAAUGAAGAUCCUGAAGGCCACUUUGAGAGAAACUGUCAAUGACUACAGAUACCUCAGGAGGACCUGCAGCAUUAAUGUUUGA